CUGCGACGGAAGUGGGAAGUCAGAGGCUGUACCUGCUGUACAGCUGUGCUCCGUGGCUAACAGACGAGCUAACAGCUAACCUCCGUUGUGAAAGUAUCGGGAUCCGCUAAUUAAAUAAGUCACCUCGACAGCCACUCUGAGACUCUGAGUUUAACAUGGGAAAAGGUGGAGGCACAUUUGAGAGGCUUCUCGAUAAAGCCACCAGUCAACUGCUUCUGGAGACUGACUGGGAAUCCAUCCUGCAGAUCUGUGAUCUCAUUCGACAGGGAGACACACAAGCUAAAUAUGCCAUUGGGGCCAUUAAAAAGAAGCUGAAUGACAAAAAUCCACAUGUGGCGAUUUAUGCACUUGAGGUCCUGGAGUCAGUGGUGAAGAACUGUGGCCAGACGGUGCACGAUGAGGUGGCGAGUAAGCAAACCAUGGAGGAACUGAAGGAGCUACUUAAGAAACAGACGGAACCAAAUGUCAGAAACAAGAUUCUUUACCUGAUCCAGGCCUGGGCUCACGCCUUCCGCAAUGAACCCAAAUAUAAAGUGGUUCAAGACACCUAUCAGAUCAUGAAAGUGGAAGGUCACGUUUUCCCCGAGUUCAAGGAGAGUGACGCCAUGUUUGCUGCUGAGAGAGCCCCUGACUGGGUUGACGCUGAGGAGUGCCACCGGUGCAGAGUCCAGUUUGGUGUUAUGACAAGAAAGCACCACUGUCGAGCCUGUGGCCAGAUUUUCUGCGGCAAGUGUUCGUCUAAGUACUCCACCAUUCCCAAGUUUGGGAUCGAGAAGGAAGUGCGUGUGUGCGAGCCCUGCUUCGAGCUGCUUAACAACCACCCCUCCCUCUCUCCUCCACUUAGGAAAGCUGAAGGAAAAGCCCCUUCCGCAGGCUCUGCUGAACUGCCACCUGAGUACCUGACCAGCCCACUGUCCCAGCAGUCACAGAUGCCCCCCAAGAGAGAUGAGGCUGCCCUGCAGGAGGAGGAGGAGCUGCAGCUGGCCAUAGCCCUUUCUCAAAGUGAGGCUGAGGAGAAGGAGCGAAUGAGACAUAAGAACUCGUACUCGAUGUAUCCCAAAACCGAUCCCACCCCAGUGACUUCCUCAGCUCCCCCAGUCAGUACCCUCUACACUUCCCCUGUGAACUCCUCUGCUCCAUCAGCUGAAGAUGUAGAUCCUGAGCUGGCCCGUUACCUGAACAGAACAUACUGGGAGAAAAAACAGGAAGAGGCUCGCAAGAGUCCCACCCCCUCAGCCCCUGCCCCUGUGACAUUGGCCGAGCCACUUCCGGCAAUCAGUCAGCCCGUGGAAAGUCACGUCCCUGUCCAGCCUGCCAACAUAGUGGAGCAGCAGUACCAGAAUGGCGAAUCAGAGGAGAACCAUGAGCAGUUUCUGAAGGCUCUGCAGAAUGCUGUCACCACCUUCCUGAACCGCAUGAAGAGCAACCACAUGCGUGGGCGAAGCAUCACCAACGACAGCGCCGUGCUCUCACUCUUCCAGUCCAUCAACAACAUGCACCCACAGCUUUUGGACAUCCUCAACCAGCUAGAUGAGAAGCGAUUGUAUUAUGAAGGGCUGCAGGACAAGCUAGCUCAGGUUCGUGAUGCUCGGGCCGCUCUCAACGCACUCCGGGACGAACACAGAGAGAAACUGCGUCGCGCUGCAGAGGAAGCGGAAAGGCAGAGGCAGAUCCAGCUGGCACAAAAAUUGGAGAUCAUGAGGCAGAAGAAACAGGAGUACCUGGAGAUGCAAAGACAGUUGGCCAUUCAGCGCCUCCAGGAGCAGGAGAAAGAGAGGCAGAUGCGUUUGGAGCAGCAGAAGCACACCAUCCAGAUGAGGGCCCAGAUGCCUGCUUUCUCUCUUCCCUAUGCCCAGAUGCAGUCUUUGCCCCCCAAUGUUGCGGGAGGGGUGGUAUACCAACCCGGUGCUCCGCCCAGCUACCCAGGCACUUUCAGCCCCGCUGGUUCUGUGGAGGGUUCACCUAUGCACAACAUCUAUAUGAAUCAGCCAGGGCAGACUGCACCAGCACAGUACCAGGCUAUGCCUGGUCCUACCACAGAUCCCAAUAUGGUUAAUGCAUACAUGUACCCGCCUCCAGGAACUAAUGGGCAGCCCGCUCCUCCGCCUGGUCAGGCUCCGCCCACAACUAGUCCACCCUACUCCACCUAUCAGCCCACACCUACGCAGGGUUACCAGAAUGUGGCCUCUCAGGCGCAGAGUAUGCCCCCCAUGUCCCAGGCACCCCCCACUAACGGUAUGGGUUAUAUGGGUUACCAGCCGUACAAUAUGCAGAACAUGAUUUCAGCAUUGCCAGGACAGGACCCCAAUAUGCCCCCCCAACAGCAGUACAUGCCAGGCCAGCAGCCCAUGUAUCAGCAGGUUGCUCCCCCUGGUGGCCCCCCGCAGCAGCAGCAACAGCCGCAGCAACCGCAGCAGCAGGCACCUCAAGCCGUGCCGGGCAGCGCAGAGGCACAGCUCAUCUCCUUCGACUGAAGGGCCUCAUGCUGCUGGGUCUAACACACUACAGCUCCUCUCCCUGUUUGGUCUCUUUCUUCCCUCUCUGGACUCUGAGGAUACCCUCUGGAAACACACACAUAAUUCCCACUUUCCACCUCGCUGUGAUUUUUGUGGCAACGUGAAAUAUUGUGAUGAUGUUACAGAACUGUUGCUCUCCUUGCCUCUCCCCCGCUGAAGUAUAAAAAUCAGGAGGGGUAAAGCUGCAAUGGGAAGCGCCAUAGCCAAGAACCUUCACCCUCUUCCUCCUCCUUUCCAGCUGAUAUGUAUGUAGUAUCUCCUUAUUAAAUGAAUAACUGAAGAGCAGAAAUAGUCAGUGGUAUUAAAGUUAAAGAAAAUAUGACCAUUUAGGAGAUAAAAAAAAAGAAGACACAACCAUCCUUUGUCUCAUAUUUUUCUAAAUCUAAAUUUGCAUGUUGAAAUUUCAGUUCUUUUCUGGAAUGGAAACUAAUUAUUUCAAUGUGUUUUAACAGUUUAGGAAGUGACUGAGAAACAUCUAUAUUCACUGUUUAAGAUGCUGUUGGUAUGUCUCAAGAGUGAAAGCACAGUCAGACGCCUGGAAAAAAUCUCACUAAUGCGCAACCAGUAGUUUUCAUAUCAUCCCUUCUCAUAAUUACAAAUUAAAGUCUUCUUUUUUUUAAUUUGGGGUGGGGGGGGGUGGGCAUUUAUUUGUUGUGUGCUGCUUCAACUGUGUGUUAAUAUAGUUUCAGAGACGAUGCAGGGAUUAGCACAUUAUGGGAGAACUGUUUAGAAAAUUAGCUGGGUGGUUGUUUAGUCUUCAUCAAUUAUAUUUAAUUAACUAAAUCAUUAAAAUUAGUUGUUAAAUUGUUACUAAAUUGUUAAAUUAGUAACAAUAAAAUAUUCAUACUAAAAGCAGUCCAGCAGUUCUAAUAGCAUCUUGCAUCCCUUCUGUUGAAGCGACUGGUGUUGCUGAACAUCAAGUGCCAUCACAAAACAGAAGCAUAUGACCUUAACCUGUAAUAAAGUUUCCUCUAGGAGUCCCAGCCUGCAUUCUAUUAGUUGUAAUUAUCACAUAUACAGAUGCCUGUAUAUGUGGCACUCUUUCGAAAGUCUACUUGAGUAUCCAGAAGUGAAGAAAAGCUUGCCGAGCAAACAUGAUGUGCUGCAUGUAUGUAUCACACACCCAAUCAGUGGUUUCUGUAACUCUUCAGUUGGCGUCUGUGAACUUCUUUAUUCCAACAUACUGAUCUGACUUUGAAGUAAUUUUAAAAUUAUAUUUAAUAAAUAUCUGGUUCUUACUGUC